CCAUCCUCAAAUUCUCCACACCAUAUAGCGUUGCCUCGAAGCGAUUUUUUUAUAGAAGAAAGGGGAGAACUUUUUCGUUUUUCUUCGACGAAAAAAAAUCUCUGAACAUGGUUGCCUUGGACAAGAGGGAGGAAGUGAUUCAAGCAUGGUACAUGGAUGAUAGUGAUGAAGACCAGAGGCUUCCUCAUCACCGUGAGCCGAAGGAAUUUAUAUCCUUGGAUAAACUUGCAGAACUUGGAGUUCUCAGUUGGCGAUUGGAUGCUGAUAACUAUGAAAAUGGUGAAGAGUUGAAGAAAAUACGUGAAGAACGUGGUUACUCCUACAUGGACUUUUGCGAGGUUUGUCCAGAGAAGCUGCCUAACUAUGAAGAGAAGAUCAAAAACUUCUUUGAAGAACAUCUUCAUACUGAUGAGGAGAUCCGUUACUGUGUGGCAGGAAGUGGCUAUUUUGAUGUCAGGGAUCACAACGAUAAAUGGAUUCGCGUGUGGGUAAAGAAAGGAGGCAUGAUAGUUUUACCUGCCGGGAUUUAUCAUCGCUUUACUCUGGAUACGGACAACUAUAUUAAGGCAAUGCGUCUCUUUGUCGGUGAUCCAGUUUGGACUCCAUUCAAUCGUCCACAUGAUCAUCUUCCCGCAAGGAAGGAGUAUAUUCAGAACUUUUUGGAGAAGGAAGGUAGUGGUCAAGCUGUUGAUACUGCAGCAUGAAAUCGGCAGCAAUCGUCUCUCAGGUAUACUGUCUUAUAGAACCCUAGUAUAAAUAUGGAACUUCGGAUUGUCAGUAAUAAACGAGUCAAGGCCUGUCUGCAUGUGUUGUGUGGAUGUAUGGCUUGUUAAGGUUGUUGCAUGCUUAUGUAUUAUUGAUAUUCCAU